UUUUACCUGAACUACGUUCCCCCAUUUCCUUGGCCAGAUCUCUCUCUCUCUCUCUCUCUCACCAAUGGCGAAAUCAGCGGCGACGGCGGCUUCCUCCCUUGUCCAGACCCUCAGGCGUUACAUCAAGAAGCCAUGGGAGAUCACCGGACCUUGCGCUCACCCGGAGUACCUCGAAUCCGUUCCCAAGGCGACGGAGUAUCGUAUCCGAUGCCCCGCCACGAUCGAUCAGGAGGCGAUCGUGCCUACCGCGGAUCCGGAGAAUGUCUACAACAUCCUGUACCACGCGAGGGAUCAGAGGCGAAACCGCCCGCCGAUUAGGCGAUACCUGUUGAAGAAGGAGGACGUUGUGGAGAUGAUGAAUGAGAAGAAGACGUUCGAGGAGUCGGACUUCCCUAGGGUUUACUUGACGACCACUGUGGAAGAGGAUGAGAACGCUCGUGGCGGAGGCUACGAGUAACAAACAGGUUUUUGCUACUCUCGUGUCUUUUCUCCUGUAAUCUGCUGUGGUGGGAGACGGACUGCGUGUGAUAAUAUCUCACGACCGAGAAAAAUUCUCACUAGUUUGCAUUAUCUAAUAAAGGCUCUUUAUGUACUACAAAACACUUGAUGUUCCUUCACAGGAACCGGAUUAUUGUUCAGUUGUAUUCCCUUUGUUUACUCGCAUAAAUAUUUUUAUUUCCUAUGGUGAAUUCAUCAUUAUUUGAAAGCAUGUAGUCUUAUAUGAAA